AAAUUUAUGAUUUUUCAUUUUUAUUAAAAUCUUUAUUUUUAUUUCAUCGUGCAACUUUGCAAAGUUUGACAUCUUCCUUUCCGUCUAACCCAGCAAAAUAUGCAGCCGCCCCUGUAAUUCAACCACGCCACUGGGGGAAGAUUCUAGGAAUAGCGACUGCGUCUCAUAUAGAAGUGAAAAGGAAUGGAGCUUCUGUGUUUAAUUGUCACGUUAGCUGUGAUUUUGGUUUUAGGGUUUGUGUUUGUAAUCUUCGUUGAAGCAUAUAGAAGAAGAAAUAAUCAUGAGCACAUUGAAGUUCCGGCGAUUUUUGAGGAUCCUAAUUCGUUGAAACAGGUACCUUGCCCACAUGUUGUUGAUCCUGCCUCAAAGUAUAUUUCUUUGAUAAUUCCUGCAUUUAACGAGGAACAUCGACUUCCCAGUGCACUUGAGGAAACUAUGGUUUAUCUGCAACAUCGUGCUUCAAAGGAUCCUUCUUUUUCAUAUGAGGUUGUAAUUAUUGAUGAUGGAAGUGUAGAUGGGACUAAAAGAGUAGCUUUCGAAUUUGUUAGGAAAUACACAGUAGACAAGGUAAGGGUCAUCCUUCUUGGAAGAAAUCAUGGCAAGGGAGAAGCCAUCAGAAAAGGAAUGUUGCACUCACGCGGUGAAUUACUUCUCAUGCUUGAUGCUGAUGGAGCAACCAAGAUCACUGACCUAGAAAAACUUGAAAAUCAGAUUCGAGCUGUUGCCAAAAAGGAUGGAGAUUCAAGUGGUAGUGAUCCUAGCUUUAGAAUAUCUGAUACACCUGUUGUUGUAUUUGGUUCACGAGCUCAUCUAGAGGAGAAAGCUUUGGCUACAAGGAAGUGGUACCGCAAUUUUUUAAUGAAGGGGUUCCAUCUUGUGGUUUUACUGGCUGCUGGUCCUGGAAUUCGUGAUACACAGUGUGGUUUCAAGAUGUUUACUAGGGCUGCAGCUAGGAAACUCUUUUCAAAUGUCCGCUUGAAAAGGUGGUGCUUUGAUGUUGAAUUGGUCUUUUUGUGCAAGUGGUUUCAGAUCCCAAUUUCGGAAAUUUCUGUAAUUUGGUCUGAGAUUCCAGGAUCCAAAGUGAAUCUUCUUAGUAUACCAAACAUGGUUUGGGAGCUUCUGCUAAUGUCCGUAGGGUACAGGAUUGGUAUAUGGAGAAUCUCUAAUUCCACCUGAGCUUCAAUGAUCAAUAUUGGGAAGAAAAUUGGCAUUUUCCUAUCCACAGAGUGUCAUGUUAAUGAGAAAUUUAAAGUUUGUAGGUCUAAUCAUAACUUUCCGGACUAUGCACUUCAGGAUGGGGUCAUGAAUGCUUUGGUUUUUUUUCCCUUUGUUUUUUUACUAGAUAAAAAGUAUUCAACAAUUCAUAAUUAUACCAUUUACUGUUUUUAUUUCU